AUGUUUGGUCGGAAACUGUUGCUGUUGCUUUGGAAGAACUGGAUCAUUCGUCUCCGACACCCAGUGUUGUUCAUUGUCGAAACCUUGGCAGUGGCGCUGUUUUUCGCGAUUUUGCUGUUCGUGAAGAUCCAGUUGUCGACGGGUUCUGCGACGAUUUUCGACGACAAUGCGACGAUUUUUGCUCCGCAAACGGAGAGUCAGGUCUUGGGUCCUUUUUUGAGGCCCAUACGGGGUUCGUUCCCGAUGUUUGGGCAACGGUACACGGUGAUGUUCGCUCCGAACGGGUCCCAGGAAGUGAGGGAAAUCAUGGCCGGGUUUUAUUCCAUGAUUGGCUCUCCGAACGGGUUGGUGCUGAAGGGGUUUCCGGACGAAAGAGCUUUACUGACAGCAGUUGACGAGCUUUCUUUGACCGAGGGACUGGCUUUGUUGAAAGGCGCCGUUGUGUUCAAUCCGUUUGCCAAUAAAAAUGGAUCUGAAUCCGGCCGAAGAAUCUCUUACAAAAUUCGUAUCAAAAGCUUCAGACCCGCGACGAAUCUCUUGUUCAUUCCUGUCACAAUCCCUGGACCUCGGAAACAAGAUACGGACUACAACUCGAAAUUUGUACCUUUCCAACACUUGAUUGAUGCGAGUAUUAUGCGAUGGACGUGCGGCAAAAAUCCUACUGGGAAAUGUUCGUCAAUUUCAUCGUCCAAUGCGUCGUUAUCGGGAUUCAUCGCAGGAGGAAAUUUGUACGGUGAUUUCAAAAUUCAGUUGCAGAGGUUUCCAUACCCAGCGUACUCCGAAGCUCUACAAGAUUUUCUGUCAUUUUUGUUUGGCCUCAUGCUGCCCAUGUUCACGGUGUUCGGGUAUCUGUUCUUGGUGCCCAUUAUUCACUUGGGAGUGGUGAAAGAAAAGCAGUCUGGUGUCAAGGAAUUGAUGAAGAUGAUGGGGAUGAGUCGCUUUCUCUACUGGACGAGUUGGCUUCUGAGCAAUUCUAUAUCUCUGAUCAUCCCUGUGGCAAUAGCCAUCAUCAUCUCAGUUGCUCCUUUGUCCAAAGACGGCGCCAUUUACAAAAACAGCAAUCCAUUGUUGAUUGCUGUCUUCUACAUUCUGUACACCUUGGCUUUCAUUGCAUUCGCUUUCUUCGUGACAACGUUUUUCGACAGACUGCUCAAAACGAUACCGGCUGGUGUUCUGCUGAUGCUGCUGACCUAUAUGGCUCCAACGUUUGCUCUGAAUCUCUGGAAUGUGAGUUCUGAAGGUGGUGGCACAAUUGGAAGAGGUGCAGCAUUUGGUCUCUGUUUAAUGCCCAACAUGGCGAUGGUUUACGGCGUGCGAAUAGCAUUUGCUUUCGAAGGCAGAGGUGGUGGCACAAUUGGAAGAGGUGCAGCAUUUGGUCUCUGUUUAAUGCCCAACAUGGCGAUGGUUUACGGCGUGCGAAUAGCAUUUGCUUUCGAAGGCAGAGGAAACGGAGUGCAGUUCACCAAUCUGAGCACAGCUCCAUUUUUAUGGGAUGGAAUGACCAUGUUGAGUGUCUAUUUCAUCCUGAUAUUCGAUGUGGUCAUUUAUAUGACUCUCACAUUGUACUUGGACACGGUGAAUCCCGGGAAAUACGGAGUUCGUGCUCCAUUACUUUUCCCGAUCAAGUUGUCGUAUUGGUUCCCGAAUCGACAAGAAACCGGCGAGAACGUGUCGUCAGCGAAACAAAGACUUUCUGCGUCGAUAGCCGCGAGGCAAGGGAAAUUCUUCGAGGACGAACCGUCUCAUUUGUCGUCGGGUAUUGAAGUGGUCGACUUGAUGAAAAUCUUCGGGACUCGCGAAAAAGGCCACGUUGCUGUCAAUCACUUGUACCUCAAAGCAUUCAAAGGGCAGAUAACGGCUUUGCUGGGUCACAAUGGAGCAGGAAAAACUACGACCAUGUCGAUAUUGACAGGUUUGUUUUCACCUACAUCCGGAACUGCUUUCAUUGAGGGAUUGGACAUCCGAACAAACAUGCAAAAAAUUAGAGAGCGCUUGGGUCUUUGCCCUCAGUACUCCAUGCUUUUUCCUGAAGUCAAGGUCAUGGAACACCUUCUACUUUUCGGUCAGCUGAAAGGAUUGAGCAAGUCUGCGGCACGUGCUGAAGGCGUUGAUCUGAUGCAACGCUUGAAUUUGACAGAGAAACAGAACGCCAUGUCUGCAAAUUUGUCUGGAGGACAGAAGAGGAAACUCUCGCUAGCUAUUGCCUUGAUUGGCGGAAGCGAAACUGUCAUUUUGGACGAACCCACCUCUGGAAUGGACCCGGAAGCGAGAAGGAACAUGUGGGAUUAUCUACAGGAACAAAAAGGAAAGAGAACAAUACUUUUAACAACACAUUUCAUGGAAGAAGCUGACGUGCUUGGAGACAGAAUUGCGAUCAUGGCGGAAGGCACUCUGCAGUGCAGUGGAACUCCGAUGUUUCUCAAGAAUCAAUACGGUACUGGCAUGACACUGAAUAUGCUGAAGCAAACAUCAGAAGACUGGGACACCGUCAAGUCAAUCAUUCGCUCCGAAAUGCCGUCGGCUACAUUGAAAUCCGAGUCGGAAAAUGAACUCGCGAUUAAACUGCCAAACAACGAAAGAUCCGCUUAUCCGAAGCUUUUGAAUGCUCUGGAAUCGCGGAGAGAUGAACUCGGUAUUCUCAGCUUCUCAAUCACUUCGACGACGAUGGAAGAAGUUUUUCUCCGGGUUGGGGAAGGAGCCGAAUAUGUGAAUUUCACGGACGAUGAACCAAUUCUGGAGGACAUGGAAGACCUGGAAGAUGCGCACUGGAAGACGCAGAAGAAGGUUAUGGCGAAACGCGGAAACAAGACUGAAAGUAUUGAGAGUUUGGCAUCGAAGAAAGGUCUGAAUGCUUCUAAGAACACUGGUUUUUCGCUGACGCUACAGCGAUUGAGAGCAGUCGUGACCAAAAAAAUGCUGUAUUCUACGAGGAAAUGGAGUUUAUUAAUUUCCCAGGUCGUGUUGCCAUUGCUGUGUUGCCUGGCAGCCCUCAUUAUCGACAAAACGUCAAACAGCUCCACUUCGGAUCCUUAUUCAUUGCCCAUGACACUGUCUCCAUAUGCCCCGAGCUCAGCCUUUGUCCGUGUCGACAGUGACUCGUCGGAAUUGGCAUUUCGGGCGUCGGAAAUGUAUGCCUCAUCAAUCCGGGACAAAUCGUAUUCCCCGAAGCCGAUAUCUUAUUUCCGGGUGCCAAGCAACGAAUCCAUGAUUGAUUACCUGCUUGGGAGAGGAGCUGCGAAUGCAGUGAGGUACAGGAUUGAGGACUUGAUUGCCGGCGAUUUCAUGAAAGAUGACGGAGUCAACGCGACAGCGAGUGUUGUUGUUGCCAAGGGCAUGUAUCAGACGAUCCCGUUGCACGCUGCUGGAAUUGCGGUGAAUGCUAUGAACAAUGCGUUGUUCAAGGUUAUUACUAAUAAUUCUGAGAAUGACAUCGAGGUGUUCAAUCAUCCACUGCCAAAAUCCUCAUUGGAAAAUGUUUUGGAGAACUUUGCGAUGCAGCAGUCGGCCAAUAGCUCCAGCAUGGGACCGUCUUUGUAUGCCAAUAUCGACUCUGACUUCAUAUAUAGUCUUGUUUGGGCCACUGGUGUCUUUUUGAUCGUUUGUGCAUUUGUAGUUUUUCCGAUCGAAGAACAAACCAGUGGCUCGAAGCAGCUGCAGCUCAUGACUGGCAUGAGAACAGAGAUUUAUUGGCUUGGACACAUGAUUGGUGACACUGCUGUGAUGACCGUCACCAUAAUUAUUAUGCUGAUCAUGUUUGCUGCUGUUAAUGCCAGUGGGAUUUUCCUCGCCAAUGGUAGCUCUGCUAUUGGUGCUUUGUUUGUUCUGCUAUUGUUCUAUGGAUUUGCCGCAAUGCCGUUUGCGUAUUUCCAUUCUUUUUGGUUCAAGACCCCGGGAACGGGAUUUGCCAUCCAUAUCAUGGAUAACUUGUUGUUGGGUUCGAUUUCAACUUGCAUUGUUGCCCUGCUGCAAUCAGCGGGAACGGACGAUUUGCGCAUGGGUGCGGUCGUACUGAAAUGGAUUUGCCGUUUCUUCCCUCCUUUCCCCUUCUGCCAUGCUGUUUUUCUGCUGAUUGAGCGAGCAUAUGCGAAUAACAAGUGCAGUUUCAUUCCGGAAACCGUCAAAAACGCCGUUUGUGAUCCAGGAAUUGCCGCUAGCAUUCCACAGUCUGUCAAGUCCUGUUGCGCUCAAUGUGGAAGCGUGGUAUUUGGGCCGUGUUUUCAGCCAGACAAUUUCUUGGCGUGGGAUGAACCCGGGAUUGGAGUGGAUAUUCUCAUGCUGUUCUUCUCCGGGUUGUUGUUUUACCUGGUCUUGUUCAUCCUGGAGAGUGGGAUCCUCAAGAGGAUCUUCCCGUCUCCGUAUCAACAAGUGGAAGAAAAUCUGACGACUGAUGUAGACGUUGCCAAGGAGAAUGAGAGAGUUUGGAGCAUCAUUCAUCAAAAAAAACUGGAUGAAGAUGCUCUUGUAGUUGGAAGCUUGAAAAAGGUUUUCAAAGAAUUGGUCGCAGUGGAUGAUCUUUCCCUGGGAGUUCAUCACGGGGAAUGCUUCGGCUUGUUGGGUGUCAAUGGAGCCGGAAAAACCACUACUUUUCGCAUGCUAACCGGUGCGGAAACUAAAACAUCCGGAAAAGCUUUUCUGAUGGGAUAUGAUCUUGACUCGCGAAGAUCUGAUUUUUUGCAGCGAACUGGCUAUUGUCCUCAAUUUGAUUCGCUUGUCGAUGUGAUGACGGGUGACGAAAUGCUGUACUUGUAUUCGAGACUCCGUGGAAUGCGAGAGCCUUUGAUUUCUGGUCACGUCAAGCAUCUCAUACAAAGACUUGGAUUGCAAAACUUUUGGUCGAAGACUUGUGGGAACUACAGUGGAGGUAACAAGCGAAAGCUGAGCACUGCCAUGGCCAUGGCUGCGGAUCCAUCAGUUUUAUUCCUUGAUGAGCCCACGUCGGGAGUGGAUCCCGUUUCGAGGAGACGGAUUUGGAAGGCUUUGAGUGCUGCGAUCGAUAAUGGCCAGUCAAUUGUUUUGACAUCCCACAGCAUGGAAGAAUGUGAGGCCUUGUGUCAUCGGCUCGGCAUUAUGGUCAAUGGAAGAUUCAGAUGUCUGGGGCCAGUGUCGUAUUUGAAGCAGAAAUUCUGCCAAGGCUAUUCUAUCCUCAUUAAACUGGAUCCCAAGUAUGGUGAUGACGGCGAAUCAUUCCAGAAAUUGAAAGAAUUCAUCGAAACAUCAAUUCGAAGCAGCUCUCUGAGGGACCAUCACGAGGGACUGAUACAGUAUUACAUAAGCGAUCCAGAUACGAAAUGGGACCUCAUAUUCAGAACCAUGGAGUUGGCGAAAGAGACGUGGACCUUGUUUCUCGAGGACUACAGUGUUGGCGAGACGACGCUUGAGCAAAUAUUCCUGACUUUCGCCAGGGAUCAAAUCAAUGAUCCUGCUCGAUAUAAAGAUCACGACGUGAUUGGCAGGAAUUGCAAACAAACCGUUGGGCAUUUGGCGAAGACCGUGAUAUAUACGGAAAAAUGGAAGCUGGUUCCUGGAUUCUUGAGAGUCAAAGGACUGGUUCGACAACACAUCGAUUCCUUCAAUUAUUUCAUCAAUGUUGGAAUCAAGAAGAUCGUCAAGGCAAAUGAGUUGAUUACAUCAGACGUUGAUCCCUCCUUCUAUGUGAAAUAUCUGGACGUCCAAGUGGGAACUCCAGAUGUUGAAGAAGGCUUCAACAUUAGUCGCCCUACAACCCCACAUGAGUGCCGCCUUCGCGACCUGACAUAUUCAGCUCCGAUUACGGUAGAUGUAGAAUACACGAAAGGCUCUGCCAGAGUCUUGAGGAGAGGGGUUCUUAUCGGUAGAAUGCCAUUAAUGCUCAGGAGUUCCAACUGCGUCCUAUCUUCUGCGUCUACCCGUGGAGAGUUUGAAGCGAUGAGCGAAUGCCCUCAUGAUCCAGGCGGAUAUUUUAUCGUUCGGGGUACUGAAAAAGCUAUUUUAAUUCAGGAGCAAAUGAUGUGGAACAGGAUCAUCAUCGAUAAGGAUCCAGUGAAAGGAACCUACAUCUGCCACGUGAUGUCAUCGUCGAACCUCAUGCGUUCCAGGGCAGCGGUUGUUUACGCAAAGAAAAAACUCCUUGUACGUCAUAAUGGUCUUUCGGACGAUGUUCCCGCAAGCGUUGUAUUCAAGGCACUCGGGAUGGAAACGGACCAGGAAUUCGUUCAAAUGAUCGGGACCGAAGAGGCAGUUAUUUCUCUUCUCAUGCCAACCGUCGAUGAAAGCCGCAGACUUGGAAUAACCACACAAGCUCAAGCAUUGAACUAUAUCGGGAAGAAAGUUCGACUGAAGAGAUUUGUUUCCCCUGGACUGCCCUCAAGCUUCGCAGCUACAAAGAGGACGAAGUUGCCUGCUGACGAAGCUCGACAUUUUUUGUCCACUAAUUUCUUGCCUCAUGUCCGCGAUCUCACUACCAUUCUUGAAGAUAGUCCGGAAGUGAGGAUGUUCGUUAGUGGAGGUAAAUUCGUGUGUCGUCAAAAAGCGAUGUACAUGGCGAUCAUGAUCAGAAGAGUGAUAAUGUGCACGUUGGACGAGUCGAUGCUGGGGAAAGACGACCGAGAUUACUACGGAAACAAACGCAUGGAAUUGGGAGGCUCUUUGAUGGCAUUGAUGUUUGAGGAUCUUUUCAAAAAAUUGAACACUGAACUGAAGGCAACUGCGGAGAGAAAUAUUCCGAAGAUCAAAGCAGCUCAAUUCGAUGUAUUGAUGUACAUCCGCCCAAACAUAGAGAUAUCCUUGCAGGGUAAUUGGAUAAUCAAACGCUUUAAAAUGGAGAGGCACGGUGUGACACAAGUUCUUUCAAGAUUGUCCUACAUCUCUGCUCUUGGAAUGAUGACGAGAGUGAAUUCUCAGUUCGAAAAAUCUCGAAAAGUUUCUGGUCCACGUUCACUGCAGCCAUCUCAGUGGGGCAUGCUUUGUCCAUCAGAUACGCCGGAAGGAGAGGCGUGUGGGUUGGUGAAGAAUCUUGCGUUACUAACGCAUAUUACGACUGAAGUGGACGAUGGUCCAAUCAUUCGCCUCGUGCUCAACAUUGGAGUAGAAGACGUAAACCUGCUGAGUGGAGAAGAAUUUUCGUACCCGAAAUCAUACCUCGUUUUCGUUAAUGGAAAUAUAAUCGGUGUUAUAUCGGACCCUGGUCGACUCUUGAGGAACUUCCGGCUAGUUAGACGAAGGGGUUUGGUUGAUGGAUACGUUUCCAUCUACCCUUUUCACAAACACAAGUCAAUUUACAUAAGCACGGAUGGUGGACGAUUGUGCAGACCGUAUAUCAUAGUCGAAAAUGGCAGACCUUUCUUGCAAGAUACCGAUCUCGAAAAACUGGAGAGAGGACUGAAGACUUUCGAGGAUUUCGUAAACGAUGGUCUGAUCGAGUUUCUGGACGUAAACGAAGAAAACGACUCGUUGAUAGCGACGUACGAAGAUGAAAUCACUCGGGAAACGACUCACCUGGAGAUCGAACCGUUCACCCUGCUCGGAGUUUGCGCGGGACUUGUUCCAUAUCCCCAUCAUAACCAAAGCCCGAGGAACACUUACCAAUGCGCCAUGGGAAAGCAAGCCAUGGGUACGAUUGCAUUGAACAUGAGAUCCAGGAUAGACACUCUCAUGUACGGUUUGGUUUACCCGCAUCGGCCGAUUGUGAAAACCCGAACAAUCGAGUUGAUCAAUUUUGAAGAACUGCCUGCGGGUCAGAAUGCCAUUGUUGCUGUGAUGUCCUACUCGGGUUACGAUAUUGAAGAUGCUCUCGUGCUGAACAAAGCGUCUCUUGAUCGAGCUGUGCGCGGGUAUGGCGGGGAUUUCGUGCCAGGACUAUUGUCGCGCGGGGCUUUCGUGUCCCGGGCUUUCGUUGCGCGGGGACCCCCUUACAAACCCAUGAGCCUCAUGACUUUCCAGACUUGA